UUUGUAUAAAACUAUUGAAAGAAUACUUGUUGUAGAAUAGUAUAAUUUUUUUAUAGAAAAGAGUUCGUGAUAUUCUCCCUUUUAUUUUUACUUUAAUGAGGUUCCGGAGAACAUUUACCUUCCUUAAAAUAUUCAUUUAUUGGUAAACAAAAAAUUGAAGAUUCGGGAAAAAAGAGAAGACAAAAGAAUCCUUUCGUCUUCUAUUUUUCUUUCUUCAAGUCGAUUCUCUGUUUCCAUCUUGUUUCUAAUCACCAACCUCUCUCGCACAGUAACUGAGCUCAAGAACAGAUAGUCGUUGAACUUGGUCGUCUCUCGGGUAAACAGAAAACAUGCAAAAGGAGAAGGCUUUUGAUGCUCCAUCAACACCUACCACUCGUGUUCGGCAUCGGAAGCGAAACAGUGAUCUAGUUUCAGGGUCAGGCAAAGCAAAUGGAAGAAGCCAUUUACUUGUAAACGACAGUAGCAAAUACAAAUCGUUUCUCAUUAGAGCAUACUCCACUUUCUGGAUGAUUGGUGGUUUUGCUCUUAUAGUGUACCUUGGUCAUCUCUACAUCACAGCCAUGGUUGUUGUGAUCCAGAUAUUCAUGGCACGUGAACUUUUCAAUCUCCUAAGAAAAACUCAUGAAGAUAAACAGCUCCCUGGUUUUAGAUUACUGAAUUGGCAUUUCUUUUUCACAGCAAUGCUCUUUGUAUAUGGUCGAAUACUUAGUCAGCGGCUAGUCAACACUGUGACUCCAGACAAAGUCCUGUAUCGACUGGUCACUAACCUCAUCAAGUACCACAUGGCAAUCUGUUACUCCUUGUAUAUUUCGGGCUUUGUGUGGUUUAUUCUGACGUUGAAAAAGAAGAUGUACAAAUAUCAGUUUAGCCAAUACGCAUGGACGCAUAUGAUCUUAAUUGUUGUGUUUACUCAAUCCUCAUUCACUGUGGCCAACAUCUUCGAAGGAAUCUUCUGGUUUCUUCUUCCUGCAUCACUUAUUGUCAUCAAUGACAUAUUUGCGUAUAUCUGUGGUUUCUUCUUUGGAAGAACACCGUUGAUCAAGUUAUCACCAAAGAAAACGUGGGAAGGUUUCAUUGGAGCAUCUAUUACCACAAUGUUUUCCGCAUUCCUGCUUGCAAAUAUAAUGGGUCGUUUCUUGUGGCUAACAUGUCCCAGAGAGGAUCUAUCGACGGGCUGGCUUCACUGUGAUCCGGGUCCAUUGUACAAGCAAGAGACACAUGUUUUACCUGGAUGGAUCUCUGUUUGGUUCCCUUGGAAAGAGAUUUCUAUUCUACCAGUUCAGUGGCAUGCGCUGUGUCUUGGAUUGUUCGCAUCUAUAAUAGCUCCUUUUGGUGGCUUCUUUGCCAGUGGUUUCAAAAGAGCUUUCAAAGUCAAGGACUUUGGUGAUAGUAUUCCAGGGCAUGGCGGAAUCACAGAUAGAAUGGAUUGUCAGAUGGUGAUGGCUGUUUUUGCAUAUAUAUAUCAUCAAUCGUUUGUUGUAACACAAGGCCUCUCUGUAGAUAAGCUCUUAGACCAGAUAAUCACAAGCCUAACAUUGGAGGAACAACACGCUCUAUUAAUGAAGCUUGGCCAAGUGUUGCAGGAAAAGGCUAUUGGAUCUUAGAUCAUCACAACCCUUCAUUGUACUUACCAUAUUAUAUAUAUAUAUAUAUAUAUAUAUAUACUCUGGACUUGAUACAAAGAAAGUCAGAAAAUCAUUGGAUACAAAAGAAAAAGAAAGCAAUAGAUUUAUAUGUUAGUUGUGUUUCCCGUUUUGAACUUCACUUUGGGUUUAGCCUCUGUAUCGUAAAAGUGAUACGCCUUUGUGAAAGAAAAAGUUCGACGGUUUUGUUUUUUUCGAAUUUUCUCAAACAUAAUAAAUUAGUGUUUAGGGACUAAUAAAGUGUUCAGGAAAAGAAAAAGAUUAUUGUGCAGGAAGAAGAAUAGAGACAAAUUACGAUGACGCACUAAAACACAAGAGCGUUUAAGCAAAUUAAAAAUCAUUUCUUCAUAAGAUCAUCAUCCCCAAUAACUAAUACAAUAAAAAAAAAAGAGAAAAAACAAAAAUCUAGACUCUGUAUCUAGAGAGUUUUCACUUCCAAAAAAUAAAAUUAAAAAAACCGACAUCGAAACUUCUGACAAACCGAUGAACAAAAAACUAUAUUUAUGAUCUUCCUUCUGGGAUUUUUUUUCUUUUCCACAAACAUUUUUCUUCUUUCUCAUUGUGCUUUUGGCUUCUCGAUCUUGACAUAAGGAAGAACUCCCAGAAAGUAUUUUACCUUUGGAUUCCAUCCACGUUGCUGAGCUCGACAGAACAUCAAGAACGUGUUCGCACAGUACGAGUUGAAACUCAUGAAAACAUGCCACAGAGCAUGUCCCUGAGGAUUCACAGGCCACUGAGAUAUCGUCUUGCAGAAAACACGGUCACAGAACCAGCACACGCUUCCCACUAGGAUCGUAGCAACGUACCAUUUCGCGAUCCUUUUAGCUGCCGUGUCCUCUGUGUGAAUGUAGUACUUGUACAUCCGAGGGAUGCAUAGAAGGCAAAGAAUCACGUAGUGGACCUUGAAACCGAUGCCGAACCUGAGGAAAGCGUGGACUACAGCAAAAGCAGCACCGUAGAGGAAGAGAAAAGUGGGCAUUGUACUUCUGUAAUGCCAAUCUGGUGAGUAAAGGAUGUACAUGUAAAGAAGUAUCUCCCACACCAUCGGUGUCUCAUCACUCUGUUGUUGCCUGCUCCAAAGUGGCAUGGUAGAGCAUGCUGCCGAUGGCAAGUAUCAUAUUCGAUAUGUGAAGAAUGCUAAACCUCUUCUCGAACCGUUGCCUUAGUGCAUUGACAAGACCAAUGAGAGCCAAAAGGAUUCCAGGGACAUUGGAUAUGGUGUUAUAGAACUCUGCAAUGUAAGAUGAGUAGGCGUAGUUCUUCUCACAGCACUCUAUCGUAGAAGUCACUGGACCCCAAAAGCUCGAUAUUCCAUCUGCCAUUUCUAAUCCCCUCACAGUGUUCAGCCUC